CCCCUUGAUGAUUAAAAACCAACAUAAUGACGGGGAAGAUAUACAAUCAAAACUUUUAAUGAGUCAUUUCUAAAUUAAUAUAGGAUGAGCCCAUAAAUAGACCAUUUAAAACCCAACACUUUAGUUCUACAAUAUAUGGUUCGAUCAAUAUAAUCUAUACAAAACGUUAUAAGCAUGGAAGAUUACAAGUAUUUGUUUAAAGUGGUAUUGAUUGGUGAAGCAGGUGUCGGGAAGACUUGUCUUGUUAGAAGAUUUACACAGGGACUAUUCCCCCCAGGACAAGGGGCUACAAUUGGAGUAGAUUUCAUGAUAAAAACUGUUGAAAUAGAUGGAGAGAAAGUAAAACUACAGAUUUGGGACACAGCUGGUCAAGAGAGGUUCCGCUCCAUUACACAAAGUUACUAUAGAUCUGCCAACUCUCUUAUUCUAGUUUAUGACGUCUGCUGUCAAGCAUCUUUUGAUUCAUUACCCACAUGGAUUCAGGAAAUAGAAACUUAUGCCAGUACAAAGUUUUGUGGUUACUUAGUGGGAAACAAAACAGAUAAAAUUAAUGACAAAGAAAUACCAACACACAUCGGACAACAAUUUGCCGACAGAUACGAAAUGGACUUCAUUGAAACAUCGGCAAAAGAAGCUGAUAAUGUUGAUAAACUUUUCUAUACUAUCGCCAAAAAAUUGUCAAAGGAAGCCAAACAAGGGGAGUUAAUUUCUGAUGACACUACAAAGUUCAACACCGACAAUACAACCAGUAUUUCAAACUGUAGUGGGUGUUUGAAAUUUUAAAGUAUUCCAGUGAAAUUGUGGAAUGGAAUGAUCCAGUGAUGUUGUGAAAUGGAAUGCUCCAGUGAACUUGUGAAAUCGAAUGUUCCAGUUAAGAUGUGAAAAGGAAUGUUAUACAUUGUGAUUGAAUAUGUGAAAAAUGAAUAUUUUAGUUUGAAUGAUAAGAAUGAGAAAUUUUGUAAGGCAAUUGAAAUAUUUUUUUUCUGGUUUUUUUUCUGGUACUGCAUAUAAAACAAUGUAAAAGUACAGAUUGAUAUUUUUUGCUGGUUUUAACAAAAAUACACUCACACAACUCAACAUGUAUAAGGACACACAAAGCAGAUAUUUACUUGAUAUUGCUAGCUGCCAGUUCAAACCAAUUACUUUUUUUAAAAACAUUUUUUUAAUAUUUGUUUUUACUAAUAUUGAUUGAAUUUUUUAGUGCCCGAAUUCUAAUUAUGUACUUUUUAUAUUUUUUAAAACCAGAUGUAAUUUUUAUUAGAGAAACAGUGCAUUUAUUUCAACUGCCUUAUUAUGAUUAGGUUAUUAGAUGAAUAAUAAUACUGUUAAUAAUAGUACUUUUAUCCAGAAACUUUCUUUCAAGAGCUCAGUUUCACUUUUGAAAGUAUGAAAUGUUUAUGUAAAUUGUUGGUGAUUUUUAAGGCUUCAAUUGAAUAAAAAAUAUUUCAAUUUAUAUGUGAUACAAUGUACAUCAUGCUUUGAUUUUUAAACAUUGAAGAUAUAUGUGUAACUUCAUUUAAAUCUGGUGUUGUAAGUGACUCAUGAGUAAAUUUUCAAUCUUUACUUGUAAAAACUGUGAUAGUCAGAACGACACAUGUAAUUUAAAAGAUUUUAUGAUAUUUACAUUGUGUGAUGUAUUUUGGGAAUGAUUAGAUUGAAAACAGUUUUGAUAUUUUUAAUAUCUAUUCAGCUAUUUUUAAGUUACAUAGUCAGUCACUUAAAGUAGAAAGACGUACAUAAAUGAAUUUGUGUUGAAUCAUAAUGUAUACAAUAGUCUGACAACUGGGUUGGAGUACUUAUUUGUACUAUGUGCAAUUUAUUACUGAAUAGUAUGUUAAAAUAUAUAUUUACAUUGUAAAUAAUUACUUCAUUAAUGUCUUUCAUUGAAUUGUAUGAUCUGAUUGGUUAAUAUGUUGUCAUAUGGUUUCAUCUCUCCAUCCAAUGGAUGUGCAAAAUGUAGUACACGUUUGUCAAAAGUUUAUCUUACUUUAACUGACUAGAUACCAAAGGCACUUUAUAUUUCACUGUUUGAUGCAUUUAAAUUUUAACUUAUAAUUAUAUUUUCUACUUCUUAGAUGAUAACUACCCAUAGAAUUAAAAAAAAAAGCAAAUUUAAUUAAUUCUAUAGCAGCCCUCAAAAAUCUUUAAAAAUAGUUUGAAUUUAAAUUUGCUUUUGAAUGUUAAAGUUUUCAAGUUAAAGAUGAAAUUUAGUGUUCAUGUGUUAAAUGCCUGUAAAAAAGAUUUGUAUUUCUAUCCUUUUUAAUUUAUUAAUUUAUGUCUACUAUAGAUAUAAAUUAAAACUUGGGUUGAAUGUAGUGUAUAUAGGCAGGUACUUUUAAUGAGAAUUAAAAUGAUUUUUGCUGGUGUGUAUCAGCUGUUAUGUUUUCAAGCAACAUUUAAUAGUGAACACUUUUAUUCUUUGGACAAAGUUUAUACAAGGCCACAAACGCUGUCAAAGCAUACUUCCAAACACAAAGAAAUAUAUAUGUGCAAUAUUCAUUGAGUUCAUAAAUUACAUCUGUAUAUUGAUAUUGAAUAUUCACCAUUGUUUACUAAUAAAUUGGGUAUUUAUUGUGCCAAGUAGUUUUAUUCAUUUCAUUGUAAUAAGCUUUAAACAUACUUCAUUUGUUGUACACAUUUUCUUGCUUAUCUUAGAAUAAGUAUAUACCUAUAUGUAUGGUAAAAUCACAAAAAACAUGUGUGUUUGCUGUUGAAAAACUUUACCUAAAAUUUAAAGUUGUACUUGUAAACUAUUGACAUUCAUAAUAGUGUUAUAAUAUUAUCUUGCACCAUGCAUGAAAGAUCAAUUUGAAAAAAAAUUCUAGAGUUUUUUUAAAACUUGUUAGGUAAUGAAGAACCAUAUAGCUGAAGCAAUAUAUGUUUAUAUAAAAGAUUAAUAUAUUUUGUAGACUUACCAACUUAUUGCUGUUCAGUUUCCUCAACAGAAAACACACAAGAAUAAUAGUUCCUAAUAAAAUAUUAUUCAAAUUUUGUAAAUUUGAAAAUUUUAUUUGUUAAUAUAUUUUGUACCAUUCAAUUUAUACACAUAAGGUAAAAAAGUUGUAUUAAUUGUGCCAUAUUUUUUUCCUACAAUGAAUAUAGUUACAUUAAUAACCACAUUUUAUCAAAUUUUCAACCAAAUAUAUAAAUAUAUCUUUACAAAAUGUAUUAUCAUCAAUUUUUUCAGGUUAUUUUCAAGUUCUUUAAAUUAUUAUUUUUUUAUUCUCCAUUUUUAUAGGAUGAACAUGAUGAAUAGGGAAUUGUAAGGUAUUGAAAUAAUACUGUUAUUUAAAACCUUUACAUCGAACUCAAGUUUGAAAUAUUCUACGCUAAAAUGCAGUAAACCAAGGGUAUAUAUCAACAGUUCAGAAUAUAAAUGGUUGUAUAUGUAUUUUAUAAAAAUUAUAUAAACAAGUUGCAAUACAAAUAUAUCUACAUCAUGAAUAUAUAUAUUUAUGUAUAUUAUAAUAGUUAUGUAUAUUUGAAAUCUACAAAUGAUGAUCAUACAAAUUGUAGCUAUCACAUGACAACAAAAAUGCCACAUAGAUCCAAAUCUUAACCAUGAGCAUGUCAAACAAAUUAAUAUUUGACCUAGUCAUCUAGCAAUCAAAUAGGAUGAUAUAUGUGCCAAGAAGACAACCAAUAACAUCAACGGUUUUUAAAAGAGCAUGUUAGGAUUUUUAAUUUUAUAGCAUAAUUAAAUUUAACCCUAUUGGACCCUCUGUUCAUUAUUUAAUAUAAAUAUCAUUCAUUUAUCAAUUGCUCAGUGUAUAGCUAGCAUCUUCAUAUUUCAUAUUUUUUGAUAAAUUUUAUCUUCAAUUUUAUUUUGUAUAUUAUGGAAAGUUCUACUGAUACAUUGUAUAUCAUUUAAGUAUUUUAUGAUAAUUUCAUGUUUUUUGUUGAAUGUUUUUAUCUUUAUAGUAAAUACACAUCUACCAUUUAAUUCAGAAAGAUACUAGAGAAACAUAAGAAGGCCUCUGCCCAAAAUGUCUUAUAAAUGGUUUAUUUACUACAAUAAUGUAAAGUAUGUUCCCUUUUGGAAUUUCUACUCAUUGAAGAAUGUUUUUAUUUAAUUUUGUUAGUCCACCCAGAAGCUAUUUUGUCCUGGUUAAUGACUCUUUGUAUGCCAUAGUAAAAGAAACAUGAAGUUUUGUUUUAACAGCAUUUUUGCUAGAGAUACUCCUUUAAGUAAAUGUUCAUGUAACAUAGUAAAAUUGUUUGCCAAAUCCAAUUGAUGAACUUGAAAGUUAUUGCUAACUGAAAAAGAUUUAGCAGCUUAAUAAUGUUUGUUUAGUCAGAAAGAGGACUUAUAUUGGUAUUUAUAAGCCCAGUUUAAUCAUGUCAAGAAAUAGUAUUUGGUUUUAACAUGAGUUUUAUCAUGAAUUCAACAAAAAGUAGGACUUCAUUUUCUAAUUUUUAGCUUAUAUUUUUAUGGUACCAAAUACAUGUUGUAAUCAGUAAAGUUGGAAAGGGUAUGCUAAAUCACAUAUCCCUUCUUGAGAGGAUAUCACAAUAUCUGCAUCUUAAAGAACAAUUGAAAUCUGUAAUUUUCUUAUGGUAACAAAUUUACAUCAAAACCUGGAAAAAGAUACCCAUAAAAGUUACAUAAAAACCACAGAAUAAAGAGUUUUCUUGUUAUCAAAUGGAAUGAAAUUAACAGCAAUUGAGAUAGGAAAAAGAUACCCAUAAAAUUAUAUAAAACCAGUGCAAAGAGGUCAUGUAAGAGUUUUUUUUUUUUUUUUUUUUAAAGUAUUGACAUUUACAUAAAUCUGUUGAUCUGAUAUUGUUGCAAUUUAAUGAUAGUUUUUACAUUAAAAAUAUUCAAAUAUUGU